AUGCUAGAUAGACAACAACAAACAUGAAACGGAGAAGAAGAUCACUGAAACCGGACAUGUCAACCCAGUGACUGCGAAGCGGAGUAGACUGUAUUAUAUCUCCACUUCGUACCACAUGAUGGAUUGCUGAUCUGAAGGAAGAAAUAGUCCUGUAACAACGUCAAAGAGCAAACUGCAAACAUGACAAAUGUGUACUCCUUCGAUGGCAUCCUGGUGUUCGGGUUGCUGUUCAUCUGCACCUGUGCGUACCUUAAAAAGGUGCCUCGCAUCAACAGCUGGCUGCUGUCAGAGAAGAAAGGAGUGUGGGGCGUCUUCUACAAAGCUGCAAUAAUUGGGACGCGGCUUCACAUUGCCGUGGCAAUUUCCUGUUUGGCCAUGGCUUUCUACGUUAUCUUCUUGAAAUGAUAAGAGUGAGACUGGACUGGAAAAGACUCGAUGGAUGCAGGCUGGGGAUGGACUCACCUCUGUGGUCAUGUGCUAAUCCUUGUUGUGGGACACCUCUGGGAUUACAUGACUGAUGAAACCCCAUUGGCCUUGUGGACUCGUGUGAAAGACUGGCCAGUGCUGCCCCCUUCUGGUGACUGGGUACAUAACUCCUCCCUUAAUAACAUGCGUGCACUAUAGACAUGAAGGGCAUCCUGAAUCGUCUCCACAGUUGUUACAGAGGGGAGGGCCUGUUGGGUCACAUGGUAUCAUUCUGUUGUAGGAAAAUACUGUUGGUUGUCUCCAUCCACACCCCAUAAAUAUUUAUACUGACGGAUGCAGAGAUCAAAGGGCAGUGUGUGCAUUAUACCUUUAUAUGUGUAUACAACCUAAAAUUAACCUAGCUGUACAUAUUUGGAAAAAGAUAUGACCAAUAGAGAUUUGUCAAAGGUUAUGUGUGAUCAAACUAAAAAUGAUAAUUUCUGCUUGCUCCCAACUAUGCCAUUUUUUUUUCCUGUAUCACUUCUUCUGUCAAGGGUGGAGGGGAAGAUAAAACAAAGCUAAUAUAUGGAGACGUUCUUGUGUAUACUCUAUUUUACAUUUUUUUGCAUAUCUUUUCUUAACAGUGCUGUUUUUCAUCUCUUUAUUGAUGUUUUGGGGGUGGAAAUACACAUUUUUGCACAGGUGUUAGUUGUAUUUCCCUUGACAUCUGAUACAAGAUAACAUGUUUUAAAUGUCACAAAUUGAACUGUAAGUCACGCAGGAGUCAAAGUACUAUCACAUUUGUAGAGUGUCACAGAGAGAAGACAAAUAACUCAACAUUUUGUCAAAAAUAGAUUGUUAUAUCAGACUUGCCUGAAGAUACAAAUGCAAUGCCAAAUAUGGAUGGUCCUGCUCAUGCCAUCUUAUUUACAUGCUGUUAUUCUCAGUUUAAUUCUAUGACAUUAUUUUUUCAAAGAAGAAAUUGUUUUGGGAGGGGAUGCAAUGGAAUUUUGAGUAAAACAUAAAUCAGACGCUUUCUGUGUUUGUUGUUUUUUAAAAAAACAUGUCAGGUCUCAAGUAACAUUCAGUGCCUACACAAUGUGUUCACCCCCAUCCCCUUUAAAGGUUUUCUUUUUUUUUAUGUGCGAUCAUUAAUAACAGUGGAUGUAACUAUAUUUUCAAGUUCAGUUUAAUUGUCACACAUAAUCAUACAAGUACUUUGGCACUAACCAACGAAACAAACAAAACAAAA